GGGUAGGUUUCUUCCCAGUGUGCUAUUGCGUGCUUCUCAGAAAGAUUAUUAACAUUUUACAUCGCCUUUCAUCUGAUGUGGUUGUCUGUUUUAUGUAUGUAGGUGUAUUUUGAGGAAGGUGAAUGCUCAAAUUCGUCAUUCUUUUUAGUGGAAAAAUAUAUCUUGAGACGGUGGAAAUUGUGCCCCUUACCACUACGUAUAAUCUGGUUCAAGCUGAUUGAGUUGUUUUCGGUACAACUUUUAGCUUGAAUAUUCUGAGUGUCCUCCCUUCUGUCGACUGAUUAGCUUCAACUAUACAAGAAAUUCAUUUGCUAGAGUAGUUCUGCAAAAGAAAAACAAACGAAAUAAUGGAUGAUCAGAUUGUUCUUGACAAGGGUGGAAAAAGGCAGUUGCCUCGGUGGAUGUUUGCUUCGUCUGCUGCUGAUCAAGUAAAGGAAAAAGUCAAAACUGAUCAUGUAGACAAUAAUAAUAAUAAUACAGAGGAGGAGAUUGUCACUCAGAGGCGGAAAAACAGAAAGAUUGAGGAUAAAAAGGAAACAUUCACUGAGGAGUUGCCCACUCAGCUUCCAAAAUGCCAAACAACAAAAAGAAGCAGAAGAAAGUUAAACCUACCAAUUGAUGACUGUAAUGAUGAAAGAGCAUUAAUGGGGAGUGAAUGUGACCGCAUGAAAGUAAAAGGUGAUGGAGCGAUUCCUAUGUUGAGGAGACGGAAACAGAAAACGAAGAAUUCCAAGACCGAGGGAGGUGAUGAGAUGGAAGAGUCAACAACAGAAGCAAGUGAUAAAAGCGUCUUAAGGAAGAGAAAAUGCAGCAGGGUGAAGGAAAAUUCUAGUGAAGCUGGCCCUAGUUUGAGGAGGCAGAAACAGAAAACAAAGAAUUCCAGGAAUGAGAAUUGUGCUGAUGUUGAAGACUCAACACCAAAAACAGAUGAUGAGUAUUUGACUGUUGAAGAUCAAAUGAACAUAGCGGAAGAGUAUGCUGGUGAUGCUGAUGAAGAUUUGACUGUUGAAGAUUUAAUGAGCAUUGCUAAGGAGUAUGUGAAUGAGAAUGAGCAAGCUGCAUCAGGUAAAGAAAAAAAUUGUCCAAUGGAGGAUGCUAUUUCCAUGUCAAUAGGCUCGUUAAGUUGCAUUGAAGUUGACAAUCAAUCUUCACGAAGAGAAACAAAUGCUGAUUGUAUUUCAAUUCAAGAGAGUACAAUUGAAUAUGCUCCUCCUAAGCUUAACAUGUCCGAGAAUCCUACCCAAGACAUGUUAGAUUUGUUUCUUGGUCCCCUGUUGAAGAAAACUCAUGAGGAGAAGAGAGUUGAACUGGUCAGAGAAGAAAUGAGUUUAGCUCAUGAUCUGAACAAGAAUAACCGAACUGAUCCUUCUGAGGAUCGACCAGUUUUUGUAAAGAAGAAAAGCAGUCUCAAGGACAAGGUAUCUCUGUUUCUUGACUAAUACUUCUGAAGAUAAUUAGGUAGAGUAUUUGGAAGAAUAAUUUUCUUUAGAUAAUAUCUGAAUAUAAUUUAUCAAAUUUCACCUAAAGCAUUUACUUGUCUACUUAUAAAUCCCAUGAGAGAGUAUCUUUAUUUGUAGAUUCUUCAUAGUAGUUUUCUCUUUAUUUCAUCAUUGUGCAGAAAUUAUGAGAACUUGAUAUAGCCAGUUAGAAGAAGGAAUAUUUUUUUCAUGGAAAUGAAUUUGACUUGAGAGAAGGAAUCCUGAAUAGCUGUAUAUUAUUUUUUGUCAACUAUACCAAAAUGUUAUGUCAGAGUUAGCAGCUAUAUCAAAAACGCAUAAUACAUAAACAGACUUUGAGACUGCACAUUUAGACAUAUUAACUUGGUCUCAACCGACAACUAAACACUCCAACUUGUCCCCACUGUGUCUCGUGUACAUCCGACAUUGACGUGACACAUAAAUUUUGAAGGUGUUUAGAUGAUCAUUUUGU